GUACACUAUUCUCUGGUUUAUCUCUGAUAUUGAUGUUGUCGCUUCUAAACAUCUUUCUUGGAUCUGUCUUGAUACUCAAGGUCAAUUUGUAUCUUGGAUUGGCCAUUAUGUGUUUCUUUGUUCUCUAUGAUACCCAACUGAUUGUGGAAAAAUUCCGCCUUGGAGACGAUGAUUAUAUCUGGCACUCUGUUGAUUUGUUCCUUGAUUUUGUUAAUAUUUUCCGCAAACUUCUCAUCAUUCUUGCCAUGAAUAAAGAGGACAAGAAGAAGAAAUAAAGACCUGAGAUUAACUUGCCUUAGACAUCACAUCGGCAAGAUGUUGAAGUUUUUUUUUUCAUUCUUAUCUCUCAAUUUAUAUACAUCAUAAUUAUUUUUCUGUAAAUUUUUCCAAAAUUUGAUAUUGAAAUUGAGUUGUGUAUAAUAAGUGCAUAAAUCUAUUGACACUGAAAAAGUUGGAUCAUAAGCUGUGACAGUAAAUAAGAAAAGCGUUGAAAAGUUGUAAAAUCUCAACCAUCUGUCUAUUCAUAUGUAUAAGAAUUGGUGAUGUUAGAUUGUCAAUAUCUUUUCUUCUAGCGUCCAUAGCUUGUAAUGUUUUGAAUAAAUUAAAGGUACCAGUUGAGUAGUCAUGUCACAGCUUGUUUCAGUUUUUUUUACAUUAACCCUAUAUGAACACAACAGUGUGUGCUGUCGUACUGUUUAAUAUUACAUUAUCAUAUUCAUUUAAAUUUAAAAAAAUGUGUUGUGGCAUAAUUAAUAUUAUUGUUAUAAUGUUCUUUAUAUUAAGUUUUUAUCUAUCUCUGUAUAAGCUAGUUAAGUCAGGCUUCUUCUUGUUUGGAAAAGACUUUAUAAAAUAGGCCUCAUAUGUAACUCAAAUGGUCAAACAUAAGAUUUUUUCGAAAAAUGCAAGCAGUUGUUAUGAGGUAUAAACUAUUGCAGUUGUAGUGACAACAUUAUCCCAUAUAUUUAUAUAAGAGGCCUAUUAUAUUACUGUGACUAGUGAUGGACUUUAUCACAUUACCAUUGUGCAUAUCAUCUAUGUACUCAAGAAGUACAAACUCGUUGUACCGUUAUUAUUGCUAGGAGUAAUUCACACUGGAUAACAACAAUUACUUGCAUUUAUUUACUUCAAUCUAUUUUGUUAGAAUGUAGGUCAGCUGAUGCAAUUUAGACAUUAACUUAAUUGAAUACAUGAUUUAUAAGUGUGUAAUUCAUAAAAGAAUAAUAAGUGUUUUGAGUUGGUCAUGUAAUAAAAUGUGCUUUAAUUAGGGUAAAUAUGGUAUAUCCCAACUAUGAGUUGUUACAUAAAAACUGUAUAUUGAUUGUGCAUCUUGCCAGUCCAGCUGUUUUAUGAGCUGUACUUGCAAGGAGGGUGAAUAUUAGUUUCUUGCUAUGUGCCCAGCACCUUGCAAAUGUCAUGUAGUUAUAUUAAAAUUUCAUAUACAGUUUAAUAAAGCACUUGGAUUACUUGGA